GGUUAAGCACCAUUGCAGCAAAAUUUCUUUUCUCUGAAUCUCUCUUCUGUUUCCAGAUACAUAGAAAGCACACCACACCAUCCCCCAUUCAAGCCAUGGCUAGCCAGCAAAACUUCUUUUCUCUCAAGGCGACGAUCUCUUCACCUUCGGCUACCGUUGAAACAAUGUUAGAUGACUUCAGGAGGUGUGUACUUGUGUACAAUAGCAUCGAGGAGAUCAUAUGCAGCCAAAUUAUCCUUUGCCAGAGCAACAAAGGUAAGCUGUGAAGCUCGAGCUCGAGCACUCUCUUGCACUGAUCGGCAUCUGCAACGCCAUCCUAUCGAGCUUUUCUAAGCUCAAGGCAAGCAGUCAGGAAAUUACAUUGGCUCUCGGGCCAAGAUACAGUCCUUCAUCAGUUUGACCAGGAUGGGGCCAAAACAGUGGAAGAAGAUCAACAAGAAAUCUCCUUCAGCUGACAAGCAGGGUUGCAGGGUGGUCAAACUGUUGGCUGGAGCAAGAGAGGUCGUUGCUUCAAUGCUUCAGUCAUCCACGCGGUUCCUACUGAAGCAAAUUGUGAUGCCGAGUUAUAACAAGUGGUAUCUCGUCUCCAAGAAGUUUCAAAAGAACAGACUUCCAUGCAACAAGGAGCAAUUACUGAAACUGGAGUUUCGUUAUUCUUGAGGGCAGUGCUUAGACUUUGUUGAGGAGAUUGAUCCAGAGCAGAGUUUCUUUUCUGAAUGCUCUAAGCUUGUACAUGGAUGAUACAUUGCCUACGGUUCACAGUGAUAGGCACCCACCUUUUAGAGGAUCAGUUUACUGAUUAUGCUGCUGAUAGCUUGGACAGUGUCUUCAAGAAAAAACAACUUUGGAGCAUUUAACUCCGACGGAUCUUCAGAAUAUACAAUUCGUGUUACUGAGAAAUGCUCAUCGUUGCUGGCCAUCAUACAAGCUAACAGCGUACUGUUUCAAAUCAAAAUUUGAAACGCGUCACUACAAGAUGGCCAUGUUUUUCAGAUGCUACUUGUUAUCACAACAACAGCCAAAGGAUCAUUGUGCAGUGAUUUUGCUACCCAUAGCUAAAGCAAGCCAGCUCCAACACUCCAAGUUGGCCACGCAGGUAGCAUGAGCUGUGCAGCAUAUAAUACUACCUAAAUAAUAAAUUUAAAACAGCACAAUACCAAGAUAACACGUAUGCAACUAAAAUAAACAUUUUUUAGCACGCAAUUAUGUCAAGAUCCACCAAUAGAGCCAACCAUCCGGUUGAUUCUUGUCGCCAAUUAAAGGAACAUGACAAUGUAAUAUCUCAUUGGAAGAAUAGCUACUGCACUAAAGAAUUUGAACUACACAUGGGAGAAGAUUCCAAAUGUUUUCACCAGAUCUCACAAACUUGAUAUACAAAACUGUGGAGAUGAGUUGGCAUGAUUCCUUGUGUCUACCAUUCAAAUGGUGUUGUAUCAUACAGUUCCUCUGUAUAAAUAGGCCUCAGAAGAAGGCCAAACACAUCAAACCGAAAGGCGCUCUCUCAUUCUCAUACCUUCAAACCUCAAGUACUCAACACAGAGGAAAGAGUCUUAGCAACAGAUAUGGCUUGCCAUCUUAGAUCAGUUAGUUUGCCUUCUAGGCCUCACACCAAGGUCGAAGAGGAGCUGCACAGCCUAGAGGCAAGCAUCUCUUCACCCUCCAUGACCAUCGAGACAAUCUCUGAUGGUUUGAGGAGGCUUGGAGACAUCUACAGCACCAUUGAAGAGAUCCUGUGCCUUCCUAGCAACCAAAUUUGCUCUUCCCAGCAAAGGAAGAUGUUGGAAGGUGAAACUGAGUGCUCCCUUGAGCUACUAGAUCUCUGCAAUGCCAUGCAUGAGGACUUCACCGAGUUGAAGGCCAUUAUCCAAGAUCUGCAAGUGGCGACCAGAAAAGGAGAUGACACCGCUGCUCAAGUCAAGAUCCAGUCUUACACCCGCCUAGUGAAGAAGGCGAAGAAACAUUUCAAGAAGGCUGCGAAGAAGGUUACAUCUGACAAGGAGGACUGCAGGAUGGUCAGGCUGUUGAGCGAGGCUAGGGAGAUCACCACCUCUCUCCUCGAGUCAACAGUACACCUCUUGUCCAAGCAAAUCGCAGUGCCAAAAUGGUCUCUCGUCUCCAAGGCAUUCCAGAAGAAGAAUUCGGUUGUUUGCAAGGAGGAGCAGUUGCAGGUCCUAGAGUGCAGUGUUGGAGAUCUUGAGGCUGGAGCAGGAAUUCUGUUCCGGAGAUUGCUCCAGAGCAGAGUUACUCUCCUAAACAUUCUUAGCUCAUAGAUACUCUUCAACAUGUGCUACUCUUGCACCGUGCGAUUGGCUUCCACCUUUUAAAGGAUUGCUGAUCUUUCUCAGUGUGUAUAUAUAUGUAGAAAUGUACAGAAUACUCCAUACAGAAAGGAAACAAAAGUUUUGAUCGAACUCAUACUGUGAAUUCAACCUUUCCAUGCUUCUGAGAUUCCGCGCUGGUCCAUAACUACCUGCUUGUUUGUACCUUGUAUAUUAAUGUGGCCACGUUGCCUCACACCUGCUUAAUCUCAUGAUUUUGUUUUAGCAUCUUUCCCUUACAUGCCAGGUCCGAACUACAAGGCAAGCCUGCAAAUGGAUAACAUGCUGGCCAGAUUUUCUUCACGGACACACAGCCUGGCCUGUUAUUGCAUUGUUUUCGUUUGCACCCAGCAUUUAAAACACAAUUGCAGUGAAAGAGAUAACAACUUCAAUUUUUCUGUUGGCAAGGCUGUGGUGGUUGCAGAACAAUUUGAAAAUUUUCUGGAAUCCUUGUGUACUUCUAAUGAUACUCAGUACUGGUAUCCAUAUCAUUUGAGCACAUACAUGACAGUGCAAUAUGGCGUGGCUGCGCACUACCUUCAUUACUGACACCAACCAAUUAAGUUCAGUGAGUGAGAAAUUAUA